ACUCCCUCGCGAAGAGUAUUAUAUUGCUCCCCCGCCACUACCAGCUAUUUCAUUCGGGGAGGUUGCCACCCGUUUCGAUCCAGUCCUCGUAAGCAGAGAAAACUACACUGAAGAGCAGAAGAUGGACGCCAGUGGGGUGAAGGUGCUGGAGACGGCCGAUGACAUCCAGGAGCGCCGGCAGCAGGUGCUCGACCGCUACCGGCGCUUCAAGGAGUUGUCGACCAUGCGCCGGCAGAAGCUGGAGGACUCGUACCGUUUCCAGUUCUUCCGCCGCGACGCCGACGAGCUGGAGAAAUGGAUCCUCGAGAAGCUGCAGAUCGCUUCCGAUGAGAACUACAAGGACCCCAGCAACCUGCAGGGAAAGCUGCAGAAACACCAGGCCUUCGAGGCGGAGGUGCAGGCCAAUGCUGGGGCCAUCAUCAAACUGGACGAGACAGGCAACCUGAUGAUCUCUGAGGGCCACUUUGCAUCCGAAACCAUCCGGACGCGUCUGGAGGAGCUGCACCACCUGUGGGACCAGCUGCUGCAGAAGACCAAGGAGAAGGGCGUGCGUCUGUUGCAGGCCCAGAAGCUGGUGCAGUACCUGCGCGAGUGCGAGGACGCCCUCGACUGGAUCAGUGACAAGGAAGCCAUCGUCACCUCCGAGGAGCUGGGCCAGGAUCUGGAGCACGUCCAGGUGCUGCAGAAGAAGUUCGAGGAGUUCCAGACCGACCUGGCGGCACACGAGGAGCGCGUGAACGACGUCAACCAGGCGGCGGGCAAGCUGACCCAGGACUCGCACCCCGAGACCGAGCUGAUCCUGCGCAAGCAGGAGGAGGUCAACAACGCAUGGCAGCGGCUCAAGGGCCUGGCCCAGCAGAGGCAGGGCAAGCUGUUCGGUGCCGCCGAGGUGCAGCGCUUCAACAGGGAUGUGGAUGAGACCAUCAGCUGGAUCAAGGAGAAGGAGCAGCUGAUGGCGUCGGAUGAUUUCGGCCGGGACCUGGCCAGUGUUCAGGCGCUGCUGCGCAAACACGAGGGCCUGGAGAGAGACUUGGCGGCCCUGGAGGACAAGGUGAACACUCUUGGCGGCGAGGCUGAGCGCCUGCAGCAGACCCACCCCCAGAACGCCUCGCAGAUCCACCUGAAGCGCGACGAGCUCAUCACCAACUGGGAGCAGAUCCGUACGCUGGCCGCUGAGCGACACGCACGCCUCAACGACUCCUACAGACUGCAGCGCUUCACUGCUGACUUCCGUGACCUGACCAGCUGGGUAACUGAGAUGAAGGCCCUCAUCAACGCUGACGAGCUGGCCAAUGACGUGGCCGGAGCUGAGGCGCUGCUUGACCGCCACCAGGAGCACAAGGGAGAAAUUGAUGCUCAUGAAGACAGCUUCAAGGCCACCGACGAAGCUGGCCAGGCUUUGCUCAACACCGGACACUAUGCCUCUGAGGAAGUCAAAGAGAAGCUGGGCAUCCUGUCUGAGGAGAAGGAGUCUCUGCUGGAGCUGUGGGAGCUGCGUAGGCAGCAGUAUGAGCAGUGCAUGGACCUGCAGCUCUUCUACAGGGACACCGAGCAGGUGGACAACUGGAUGAGCAAACAGGAGGCCUUCCUGUUGAAUGAGGACCUGGGUGACUCCCUGGACAGUGUGGAGGCUCUGCUGAAGAAGCACGAGGACUUUGAGAAAUCCCUCAGUGCCCAGGAGGAGAAGAUCACUGCCCUCGAUGAGUUUGCCACCAAGCUGAUUCAGAACAACCAUUACGCCAAGGAGGAUGUGGCCACUCGCCGAGAUGCUCUGCUGAGUCGACGCAACGCCCUCCAUGAGCGUGCUCAGUCUCGCCGCGCUGCUCUGGAAGACUCCUUCCACCUGCAGCAGUUCUUCCGCGACUCCGACGAGCUCAAGAGCUGGAUCAACGAGAAGAUGAAGACUGCCACUGACGAGGCCUACAAGGACCCCUCCAACCUGCAGGGUAAAGUGCAGAAGCACCAGGCUUUCGAGGCCGAGCUCUCCGCCAACCAGAGUCGUAUCGACGCUCUGCAGAAGUCUGGCCAGGAACUGCUCGACGGCAACCACUACGCCUCAGGCGAGGUGUCCACCCGCAUGGACGAGGUCAGCACCCAGUGGAAGAAGCUUCUGGAAGCCACCGAGCUCAAAGGCAUCAAGCUGCGUGAGGCUAACCAGCAGCAGCAGUUCAACCGCAACGUGGAGGACAUCGAGCUGUGGCUGUACGAGGUGGAGGGCCAUCUGGCCUCUGACGACUACGGCAAAGACCUGACCAGCGUGCAGAACCUGCAGAAGAAGCACGCGCUGCUGGAGGCUGACGUAGCUGCCCACCAGGACCGCAUUGACGGCAUCACCAUCCAGGCUCGUCAGUUCCAAGAGGCCGGCCACUUUGACGCCGACAACAUCUGCAAGAAACAGGAAGCCCUGGUGGCGCGCUACGAGGCCCUGAAGGAGCCCAUGGCCGCCCGCAAGCAGAAGCUGUCCGACUCAUUGCGCCUGCAGCAGCUCUUUAGGGACGUGGAGGAUGAGGAGACCUGGAUCCGCGAGAAGGAGCCCAUCGCCGCCUCCACCAACAGAGGCAAAGACCUGAUUGGAGUGCAGAACCUGCUGAAGAAGCACCAGGCCCUUCAGGCUGAGAUUGGUGGACACGAGCCACGCAUCAAGGCAGUCACCCAGAAGGGCGAGGCCAUGGUGGAGGAAGGCCACUUUGCUGGUGAGGAGGUGAAGGCGAAGCUGGGUGAACUGAACAGCCGCUGGGACAUGCUGAAGGGCAAGGCUGGCCAGCGCCGCCAGGACCUGGAGGACUCUCUGCAGGCGCAGCAGUACUUCGCCGACGCCAACGAGGCCGAGUCCUGGAUGCGGGAGAAGGAGCCCAUCGUGGGGAGCCCCGACUACGGCAAAGACGAGGACUCGGCUGAGGCUCUGCUGAAGAAGCAUGAGGCUCUGAUGUCUGACCUGAGCGCCUACGGCAGCAGCAUCCAGUCCCUGAAGGAGCAGGCUCAGGCCUGCAGGCAACAAGUGGCGCCCACCGACGAUGAGACUGGCAAGGAGCUGGUGCUGGCCCUCUAUGACUACCAGGAGAAGAGCCCACGCGAGGUCACCAUGAAGAAGGGUGACAUCCUCACCCUGCUCAACAGCACCAACAAGGACUGGUGGAAAGUGGAGGUGAAUGACCGUCAGGGCUUUGUGCCCGCGGCCUAUGUGAAGAAGCUGGACCCCACCCAGUCGUCCUCUCGCGAGAACCUGCUCGAUGAACAGGGCAGCAUCGGCCUGCGUCAGGAUCAGAUUGAGAACCAAACGCUGGUCACCAAGGAGGCGUGCAGUGUGUCUGUACGCAUGAAGCAGGUGGAGGACUUGUAUGGCACCCUGCUGGAGCUGGGUGAGAAGAGAAAGGACAUGCUGGAGAAAAGCUGCAAGAAAUUCAUGCUGUUCCGGGAGGCCAACGAGCUGCAGCAGUGGAUCAAUGAGAAGGAGGGCGCCCUCACCAACGAGGAGGUGGGCUCCGACCUGGAGCAGGUGGAGGUGCUGCAGAAGAAGUUUGAUGACUUCCAGAAGGACCUGAAGGCCAAUGAGUCUCGUCUGAGGGACAUCAACAAGGUGGCGUCUGAGCUGGAGUCUGAGGGCCUGAUGGCCGAGGAGGCCCCUGUGGUGCAGGCCCAGCAACAAGAGAUGUUGGCCUCAGCACCUGGCCAGGAUGAAGGGGACUCUAAGAACGCCUCCCCAUGGAAGUCUGUUCGCUUGGCUGUCCAAACGACGGCUAACUUUAAUACCAUUAAGGAGCUGAAUAACCGCUGGAGGGCUCUGCAGCAGCUGGCCGAGGAGAGGAGUAACAUGCUGGGCAGUGCUCACGAGGUGCAGAGGUUCCACAGGGAUGCUGAUGAGACUAAGGAGUGGAUCGAGGAGAAGAACCAGGCUCUGAACACCGAUAACUACGGCCACGACCUGGCUAGCGUACAGGCCCUGCAGCGCAAACAUGAGGGCUUCGAGAGGGACCUGGCUGCCCUGGGAGACAAGGUGAACUCUCUGGGCGAGACCGCCGAGCGUCUGAUCCAGUCGCACCCAGAGGCGGUGGACGACAUCAAGGAGAAGUGCACGGAGCUGAACACGGCCUGGAGUAGUCUGGUGGGCCGCGCUGACCAGCGCAAGGACAAGCUGGGCAACUCCCACGAUCUGCAGCGCUUCCUCAGUGACUUCAGAGACCUGAUGUCCUGGAUCAACGGCAUCAGGGGGCUGGUGUCCUCAGACGAGCUGGCCAAGGACGUGACCGGAGCCGAGGCCCUGCUGGAGAGACACCAGGAGCACCGCACUGAGAUCGACGCCCGUGCGGGCACCUUCCAGGCCUUUGAGCAGUUUGGGCAGCAGCUGCUGGCCCGUGGCCACUAUGCGAGCCCUGAGAUCCAGCAGAAGCUGGAGGCGCUGGACCGUGAGCGGGCUGACCUGGAGAAGGCCUGGGUGCAGCGCAGGAUGAUGCUGGACCAGUGCCUGGAGCUGCAGUUGUUCAACAGGGACUGUGAGCAGGCCGAGAACUGGAUGGCUGCCCGUGAGGCCUUCCUUGCCAGCGACGACAAGGGAGACUCCCUGGACAGCGUGGAGGCCCUCAUCAAGAAGCACGAGGACUUCGACAAGGCCAUCAAUGUCCAGGAGGAAAAGAUUGCUGCCCUGCAGUCUUUCGCUGACCAGCUGAUUGGAGCUGACCACUACGCCAAGCCUGAAAUCACCGACCGUCGUAAUGAGGUGUUGGACAGAUGGCGCCGCCUGAAGGCCCAGAUGAUCGAGAAGCGCUCCAAGCUGGGCGAGUCCCAGACGCUGCAGCAGUUCAGCCGUGACGUUGACGAGAUUGAGGCCUGGAUCAGCGAGAAGCUGCAAACCGCUUCUGACGAGUCCUACAAAGACCCCACCAACAUCCAGCUGUCCAAGCUGCUGAGCAAGCACCAGAAGCACCAGGCCUUCGAGGCUGAGCUUCACGCCAACGCCGACCGCAUCCGCGGCGUGAUCGACACCGGCAACACUCUCAUCCAGAGAGGAGCCUGUGCUGGCAGUGAGGAUGCCGUCAAGGCCCGUCUCAAUGCCCUGGACGAGCAGUGGCAGUUCCUGGUGAACAAGUCUGCUGAGAAGAGCCAGAAGCUGAAGGAGGCCAACAAGCAGCAGAACUUCAACACCGGCAUCAAAGACUUCGACUUCUGGCUGUCGGAGGUGGAGGCUCUUCUGGCUUCUGAGGAUUACGGCAAAGACCUGGCCUCCGUCAACAACCUGCUGAAGAAGCACCAGCUGCUGGAGGCUGACAUUUCUGCUCAUGAGGACCGUCUGAAGGAUUUGAAUGGCCAGGCUGACAGCCUGAUGUCCAGCCAAGCCUUCGACACCACACAGGUCAAGGACAAGCGCGAUGCCGUCAAUGGUCGCUUUGGCAAGAUCAAGAGCAUGGCCGCAGGGCGCCGUGCCAAGCUCAACGAGUCGCACCGCCUGCACCAGUUCUUUAGGGAUUUGGACGAUGAGGAGUCAUGGAUCAAAGAAAAGAAAUUGCUAGUGAGUUCGGAGGACUAUGGACGUGAUUUGACAGGAGUGCAGAAUCUGCGGAAGAAACAUAAGAGGCUGGAGGCUGAGCUGGGUGCCCACGAGCCUGCCAUUCAGUCUGUGCUGGACACUGGCAAGAAGCUGUCGGAUGACAACACCAUCGGCCAGGAGGAGAUCCAGCAGAGGUUGGCCCAGUUUGUGGAGCACUGGAAGGAGCUGAAGGACUUGGCUGCUGCCCGUGGGCAGAGACUGGAGGAGUCGCUGGAGUACCAGCAGUUUGUUGCGAAUGUGGAGGAAGAGGAAGCGUGGAUUAAUGAGAAACUGAACCUGGUUGGAAGUGAAGACUAUGGUGAUACCCUGGCUGCUGUGCAGGGCUUGUUGAAGAAGCAUGAAGCGUUUGAGACUGAUUUUACUGUGCAUAGAGAUAGAGUGAAUGAUGUAUGUGCCAAUGGAGAUGAACUCAUCAAGAAGAACAACCACCAUGUGGAUAACAUCACGGCUAAGAUGAAGGCCCUGAAGGGGAAGGUGGCCGAGCUGGAGAGAGCUGCCGCCCAGAGGAAGGCCAAGCUGGACGAGAACUCUGCCUUCCUGCAGUUCAACUGGAAGGCCGACGUGGUGGAGUCCUGGAUCGGUGAGAAGGAGAACAGCCUGAAGACUGAUGAUUAUGGUCGUGACCUGUCCUCAGUGCAGACCCUGCUCACUAAGCAGGAGACCUUUGAUGCUGGCCUGCAGGCCUUCCAGCAGGAGGGCAUCGCCAACAUCACCGCCCUCAAAGACCAGCUGCUGGCUGCCAAACACGUACAGUCCCGUGCCAUCGAGGCCCGCCACGCCACGCUCAUGAAGCGCUGGAACCAGCUGCUGUCCAACUCGGAUUCCCGCAAGAAGAAGCUUCUGGAAGCCCAGGAGCACUUCAGAAAGGUUGAGGACCUGUUCUUGACCUUUGCCAAGAAGGCGUCUGCUUUCAACUCCUGGUUUGAGAACGCUGAGGAGGAUCUGACUGACCCGGUGCGCUGCAACUCUCUGGAAGAGAUCCGGGCGCUACGUGAUGCCCACGACGCCUUCCGCGCCUCCCUCAGCUCGGCCGAGGCCGACUUCAACCAGCUGGCCGAGCUGGACCGACAGAUCAAGAGCUACCAGGUGGUAUCCAACCCCUACACUUGGUUUACCAUGGAGGCCUUGGACGAGACCUGGAGGAACCUGCAGAAGAUCAUCAAGGAGCGUGAGCUGGAGUUGCAGAAGGAGCAGAGGCGCCAGGAGGAGAACGAUAAGCUGCGGCAGGAGUUUGCCCAGCACGCCAACGCCUUCCACCAGUGGCUACAGGAGACCAGGACAUACCUUCUGGAUGGCAUAGCCUAUCGACGGGUUAUUCGUGUCUAUCAGUACGAGGUUGAUGAUGAUCUCUCUGGAAGGUCCUGCAUGGUGGAAGAAUCCGGAACUCUGGAGUCACAGCUGGAGGCUACAAAGCGUAAGCACCAGGAGAUCCGUGCCAUGCGCAGCCAGCUGAAGAAGAUCGAGGACCUGGGGGCGGCCAUGGAGGAGGCGCUCAUCCUGGACAACAAGUACACGGAACACAGCACGGUGGGGCUAGCGCAACAGUGGGACCAACUGGACCAGCUGGGCAUGAGGAUGCAGCACAACCUGGAACAGCAGAUUCAGGCCAGAAACACAACCGGUGUGACAGAAGAAGCUCUGAAGGAGUUCAGUAUGAUGUUCAAGCACUUCGACAAGGAGAAGUCUGGCCGUCUGAACCACCAAGAGUUCAAGUCGUGCUUACGUUCCCUCGGUUACGACCUUCCCAUGGUGGAAGAAGGAGAACCGGAUCCGGAGUUUGAAUCCAUCUUGGACACCGUGGAUCCCAACAGAGAUGGCAACGUGUCCUUGCAGGAGUACAUGGCCUUCAUGAUCAGUCGCGAGACAGAGAACGUCAAGUCCAGCGAAGAGAUCGAAAGCGCCUUCCGUGCUCUCAGCGCAGAAAACAAACCUUUCGUCACCAAGGAAGAACUCUACCAGAAUCUGACCAAGGAACAGGCAGAUUACUGCAUUUCCCACAUGAAGCCUUACCUGGACAGCAAGGGCCGAGAACUGCCAUCCGCCUUCGACUUCGUGGAAUUCACUCGCUCGCUUUUCGUCAAUUGAUCUCCCCGCCCCCCUGCCUGCCAGUGACCAAUCGGGAUGUGUUUAUGGCACCACGCGCACCAAUCAAUACAAAGCUGAACUGCAUGAUUCCAACACUAGAGUUCUCUAUAGUACUCAGUAUCUGUAUCUAGCUUAUCUUAAACUAUUUAUCUCUCACACUCUUUGUGCUUCACUGACAACAAUAGUGUAGUGGAUCUGUCUGCAUUUUCCUUGUGGUUGUUUUUAGCUGUUAAAGUGCUUUGCUUGAUUUUAACAAACUAUAGAGAGAUGGUAUGCUGUAACAUCACCUGUAAGACUGCAGUGUGCAUUAAUAAACGCUACUGGUUAGAACUGG